GAAGGAUAGCCCUUCCCGCAGGGCCAGCCCCGCUGUUUGUUCGCCCCCGAGGAAGGAUAACCCUUCCCGCAGGGCCAGCCCCGCUGUUUGUUCGCCCCCGAGGAAGGAUAACCCUUCCCGCAGGGCCAGCCCCGCUGUUCGCCCCCGAGGCUCCGGCCCUGGGUUGGUGCCCGGUCCGUGCUGGCAGAGGAAGGGUUAGCAAAGGGACUUGUUUUGCCUGGGCAGCGCACACGUGAUGCUCAAAGUGCCCGGGUUUUGGUGGAAAUAGCAUUUGGGUGUGUAAUCAAAAGCUAAAAUUGUAAAUGCUGCUAGACUGCCGGCUUUUGGUUUUCUGCAGGCUCCCUGGAAUAUGAACUUCUAAACUAAACCAAGCUUUGUCUGAUGGAUUUCUACCUUCAUUUGUGUGAGAGAGGGGGUUUGGUGCCUUCGGGAUAGAGUCAUAGGCAUGUCUCCUCUGCUGGAGUGCUUUAUUCAGCAAAAUCCAACAAAAGAAAGCUCCACAGAGCACAGUGAUCAAGCGCACAGUGCUCUGUAGCAAUGGGACGAGAGGGAUUGGAUUUCUCUCUCUGGCCGAGGUUCCUGCAGUUCCAGCAUGGAGAUGAGUCGGGAGAAGCUGUGUGCCAGCAGGGCUGAUGGCAGCUCAGACUCUGCCUACCACUGCUCGGCGUGUCACGGCGAUGAGGAGUGGGGCAGCACCAGCCGGGGCCGAGCCAAGUCACGCAGUUUGUCAGCUUCACCAGCCCUUGGAAGCACCAAAGAAUUCAGGAGAACACGCUCCUUGCAUGGACCAUGCCCAGUGACCACGUUUGGACCAAAGGCCUGCAUGCUGCAGAAUCCUAAAACGAUUAUGCACAUUCAGGAUCCAGCAAGCCAGCGGUUGACAUGGAACAAACCUCCCAAGAGUGUCCUUGUGAUUAAGAAGAUCCGUGAUGCCAGUCUGCUGCAGCCCUUCAAAGAGCUCUGUGUGUACCUCACUGAGGAGAACAACAUGAUAGUGUAUGUAGAAAAAAAAGUAUUGGAAGACCCUGCUAUAGCUAAUGAUGAGAAUUUUGGACCAGUGAAGAAGAAAUUUUGCACCUUCAGAGAAGACUAUGAUGAUAUCUCCAAUCAGAUUGACUUUAUCAUAUGCCUGGGAGGAGAUGGGACCUUACUUUAUGCUUCUUCUCUUUUCCAGGGUAGUGUACCUCCAGUUAUGGCUUUUCAUCUGGGAUCCCUUGGAUUUCUAACUCCAUUUAAUUUUGAGAAUUUUCAGUCCCAAGUCACUCAGGUUAUAGAAGGCAAUGCUGCUCUCGUUCUCCGGAGCAGGCUCAAGGUGAAGGUGGUGAAGGAGCACAGGGAGAAAACCACAGUGCAGAAUGGGAUAGAGGAGAAUGGAGUUGUGUCUGCAAACCUGGAGAAAGAAGUGGGCAAACAAAUUAUGCAAUAUCAGGUCCUCAAUGAAGUUGUGGUGGAUCGUGGCCCUUCCUCCUACCUGUCCAACGUGGAUGUGUUCUUGGAUGGGCACCUGAUAACCACAGUGCAAGGAGAUGGGGUGAUCGUGUCCACGCCGACCGGCAGCACCGCGUACGCCGCCGCGGCCGGAGCCUCCAUGAUCCACCCCAACGUCCCUGCCAUCAUGAUCACCCCCAUCUGCCCCCACUCCCUGUCCUUCAGACCCAUCGUGGUUCCUGCUGGAGUGGAACUCAAGAUUAUGCUCUCACCAGAUGCCAGGAACACGGCGUGGGUUUCGUUUGAUGGAAGGAAGAGGCAGGAAAUAUGCCAUGGAGACAGUAUCAGCAUCACUACCUCUUGCUACCCCCUCCCCUCCAUCUGCUUCCGGGACCCCGUCAGCGACUGGUUCGAGAGCCUGGCCGAGUGCCUGCACUGGAACGUGCGCAAGAAGCAGAACAACUUUGCCGUGGAGGAAGAAGAAUUCUGAGUGUCCACACCCAGCAGGGCUCCUGGCAGUGGAAUGUGGCAGAAUCCCUCCCCUCUGCUUGGAUUUUGGAGCUCUGGGUGCAGGCACCGCCCCGGAGCUGCCUUGUGGCUGUGGUUGAUACCCCUCAGCUGCUGGGGCUGGGAAGGGUUUGCUCCUUCCUGUCCAUCACGAGUGGGAGUGGAAGGCUCUGAUGGUUCUAAUCCAAUGGGAAUUUCCUUCCAAAUGAGCAGUCUGAGAGUGGAUCAUUCCUGACUGCUAUCCAAAACCACAUCUGCAGAUUUGAUUGUAACCUCUGACUUACCAGUUCCAUGGCAGGCUGAAUGUAGCUACACCAGGGAAAAGUGGCAGCAGAAAAGUGGCAUUAAAAUCUCUUUCAUUUGAUAGAUUUGAAACUCCAUUUAACACUGCUAGGAACAGAAAGGCUCUGAGAAGUUUUCUUUAAAAAAAAAAAAAGCUCCUCUUUGUUAUCUUAAAUACACCUUGCCCAGAAAAUACUUUCUUACUUGCAAGUGUGACACACUGAAGAAACACCCACAAAGGAUGUUUUUUUAUUAAUAGAUGGAACUAGUAAUAAAAAGUAUAUAUAUUUUUUAUAUAUACAUUUCUUUCUCUUGUGCCCAUUUGAGCAGUGGCUGACCCUUGGCUGUCAGCACUGUGGGAAUACCCACAAACAGCAGGGAUGAACAUUAAUUAUUCUGGGUUUGUAGCUGAGCUAAUUCACAGCUCUGCACUUCCUCUUGGUGGGAAUCAUCCAUGUGUUGGGGUUUUUUCACUAUUUUUGUUUGAUUCCCUGGGAUAAAUGGUAGCAUUAGAGACUAUCAUGUUAAAAUAAUAAUAAUAAUUCUUCAAGUGUUCAAGAAGAAUCUGGACUUCAGUUACUACUGAAUUCACUGUUGUCCUGAAGAAAAUAUCCUAUUCUAGAUCCUGAAUGCCCUCAACUUCCAUGGAUACCUUCCAGCUCUUGGUGCUAAGCACUCCAGGGUGGGAUUCUGCAUUGGUGGGCUGGAGAAAUGAGAGGACACAUUCCCAGUGGAGUAGCAAUGGUGCCUUCAGCACGCUCAAGAUAUUCUAAGUCUCACAUUUACUUUUUUUAAGAUGCUUUCAAAUGUUUCUAACUUCUCUCUGUACAUAUUUUAUUGUACGUGCUUUUAUGAAAGAACAAAAAACCCCAACAAAAGAACUGGUUGGGGUUGGGGGAAAGGGUUUGUACUGUACUUUAAUUGCAAAAUAGCAAACCCAAGGAUAAUGUUUACAUUUAUGUUCUCUGUGGUGCAGUCUCUUGAUCAUCUUAUCCAAACUUCAGCAUUUUCAAGUCUUGCUGCAUCGCUCACUGAAGGAAGGGACAGGAGCUGUUCAAUGCCUGUGGCAGAAUCUUGCCAAGGAAUGAAUUUCCUGAUUGAGGUGGGAUUUCCUUGGGAACGGAGGGAGAAUCUCUGCUGAACCGUUUUUCAUGAUUGUCUUACGUUGUUUCUGUGGUCCAAAGUGGAAAUGGGAAAUGGGUUCAUUUCCAAACUCUGCCUGACCCGUUGUCCUCUGGUGGUUUCAAUAAUGUCUCAUCCCUUCUGGAUGCUGCCCUGGGCUGAGCUCAUGAAAUGCAGGUGAGAACACUUUUCCAGAAAAGAGAAGCAAACUCUUGGCUAACGAUUGAAAUUGCAGUGAAAGCAUGUUGGUAUAAAUUAACACUUGGUUUGUACAUUUUGUAAAAUAGAAUUUUGGUUUGAUUGGUCAAAACCAGAUGGAUUUUGGGAUAUCUUGGAGAAUAUCCAGGGAGCUUUUGGGAUUUCUCUUUCACUUGAAUCCGCAGUAAUUGUUUUAUCACUGUUUUGAAGCUGCUUACAGGUUUCCUAAGCGGGGUAUUCAGUUAUUUGAUAACUGGUUACUUUUUGAACUAGAGAAGUGUCAGGCUUUUUUGCUUUGGAACUAUUUUAUUUAAACAUGCAAUAAUUGAGAGAAGGAACAGGGUAUGGUGUCUAGAGAAAUGUGUGGAUGAGUGGAGAAUUAACAGUUCAAGGCACACUGGGGAGUGGAAAAUCAUUUUGCAGAGGUGAAAUGAUUUAUGAGCCUUAUCUAGUAUUUUUUUAAAGAUAAAACUAUAUUCAGCACUUUUUAUUUAUGCUUUUUAUAAUAGUAAAGCUAUUCUUGACUAGAUUGCCGAACUUUUAAUUUUCAGAGCGCACAGGUAAUUAAAUCUGUAAUCAAAGUGUACUGAACUACUUCAGAGCUACGUUAGGGGUUGGCUUGAAAUUUCUUCUUUCAAUUUAUCACCUGCAUUGCUGGCUCUGAGGCUGCUGCAGCUUUGCUUGUACAGAAUUCCUGCUGUGAAAAGGCAUUUUCUGGGUGGCUGCUGAGCCCAGGCAGAGCUGCAGCCCUGGCUCAGUGACUUCAGUCCUGGCUUUUCCUCCAAAAGCUGCCUUGACUCUCCCUGGCCCAGCUGCUUUCACAGCCCGGGCUGUGUUAACACAUCACAAAGUUGAUCUGAGUGUGCAAAGUCGCUUUCCAAGGCUUUUAAUCUGCAAACUGCAGGAGAGUGAGGCUGGAGCAGCCCUGGAGUUCUGCAUUUAAACUGCUCCAGGAGUGGGGGAGCUGAACCAGAAAAAAGCUGAAAUGCACCUCACUUCAUUGGCAAUAAAACCUCAUUUUGCUAAUGUAGCUUAUUCAGAAUAACUUGGUUAAACUGUGCUAAAAAUGGGGGUUUGCUGACUAAGACUUUUUAAUAAAAGGCUUUGUAAGUCACUGGCACCUACAAAUCCUUUCAUCUACAAAGGGCCAAAAUGGAAGCUGGGAAAUUAAUUUGGUGGGUUUAAAAAAAAUAUAAUUUUAUCCUCUGGUAGAAAUUGGAGAAGUUGUUACCAACUGUAGUAGGGAAUAAAACAGUGUACUGAAUUUUUAAAAGAUGAAAAAUCCUGUUACAUAUUGUUAACACAUUGAAAACUUGGUUUUAAAUAUUGUUGAGAAACAAAAUAUUUUUCAAUCCUUUCAAUAAAAUCUUUUUGUAAAGUUG